CCACCCACCUUCUGUCCCUCAUCAUCACCAAAUCCACCACAACACAAAAGACACUCUUCAUUCCUAGAUACCCACUUGAUUCUCGCGCAGAGGAUCUGGUAUCUAGUCUUUUCUUCCACAACAACCACUCUUUUCCAGCGGCGGCAUCCAGAGGAUCCCCCCGCUUCAACCCCGCCACGAGCAACUUUUCGACUACGGUCCAGCACCAGUAGUCGCUCUUCCCCAGUCGCAAUCAUGGCUGACAAAGGUCUUGAGGAUGUGCCCGAGGGUAAGUUUUUUCUACUUCUCCCCAAGAGGUUUCGACGCCGCCGCCGCUGCUGUGCGAAGAUGCGCCCUCCUCCCCCGCAGUGCAACAGCGACGACGAUAGCGAUAACCGCCUCACUUGCAAAACCCUAGAGCGCACGCUAACCAACCCCGCGCAGGCCAGAUCGAGUCCAACUACGAUGAAGUCACCGACUCCUUCGACAACAUGA